AUGCAUUCGAACGCUGUAGACUCAGAUUCAACAAUUUCAGCUCCAAGUCUCUUGCAGCCGUUGAUGAGGCGGUAAUGCAAAGCCGUUUCUUAGCUCAAUAGCAUCGCCACGAUAUUCCCAAGUUUCAAAGAGGAUAAUUUUGAUAUAUAUAUGGUGUAGAAUUUCCAAAAUGGCGACAUUCAAAAUACGCAUCAAGCAUCUAUUCUAUUGGAAUCUGAACUCAAUCAUCCUUUAACUAGGUACCCUAAUAUUGAUGUUCACGAUGGUACUUUCUAAGACUCUCACUCCGUUGCUUUUAUCGCUGGCCGCCCAAGGCACCGUAGCGGCAAUCAUCCCUCGCGAUAACAGUACGGGAAUCCAGUGGGGUCCUUGCAAACUCAACACGACUCUCCCCGUGCAAUGCGCCAAAUUGCCCGUCCCCCUCGACUAUACCGACAACUCUAGCCAGAUUCUUAACCUCGACGUCAUCAGGUACCCGGCUCAGAAACAUCCAAAGCGUGGCAGCAUCAUCCUCAACUUUGGCGGUCCGGGUCAAGAUGGUUUAAAUAGCAUGCUCGCUUAUGCAGAUUUGAUGGGGCCGACUACUGGAGGUUAUCACGAUCUCGUCAGUUGGGAUCCAAGAGGAACAGGCAGCACCCUCCGGUUCUCAUGUUGGCCGGAUGACACCACGGGAUAUUUCAACAAUCUCGGUACCAAGCUAGCCGGCGAGUCAGACACGAUGGUGGGGAAGCUCUGGGCACAGGGCCAGGUCAUAGCAAACCAAUGCUACAACCAGCUCAAAGACACCGGCGAUAAAGUCGGAAUGGCUUUCGCGGCUAGGGACAUGAUGUCCAUCGUCGACGCUCUGGACGAAGGCGGCAAGCUGAAUUACUGGGGAAUCUCGGGUGGUACAGCGAUGGGGGCGACCGUCGCCGCCAUGUUCCCCGAUCGCAUCGAGAGGAUCGUGCUCGAUGGCGUAAUGAACUCGCACCAGUACUACAACUCCUUCGGCGAGCCAGAAAUGGUCGCGUCCACAGACGCCACCUGGGAGGAAUUCAUGCGCGGAUGCGUCGCGACGCCGCAGAACUGCGCUCUAGGCCGAAACAAGACCUUCGAAAUGCUCGAGGCGGAAAUGGCGCAGCUGUUCGAAACCUUCCGCAACAACCCGCCCGUGUACCAGGAGCUAGUCGUAGUCGAGUACUCGCUCUUCGUCGGGCAAAUCUUCAACACCCUGUACCGCCCCACGGCCUGGCCCGCACUCGCCGACGCGCUCAACGACAUCCUACACGGCUCGCUCGACAGCUUCGCCGCGCUCGUCCUCGCCGGCGGCAUCCCCGCGCAAGACCAGGCCAUCCUCGGCAUCCGGUGCGGCGACAAGGGACUACGCACGGAUGAACUGUCGGAUCUGGAGCCGGAUUUCGCUGCGUACAAGCGAACGAGCAAGUGGUUCUGGGACUGGGCUUGGGGAUACUACGUCACUCCCUGCGCGCAGUGGAAGUUCCAUGCUAAGGAACGGUAUGCGGGCGAUUUCAACGUUAAGACGAGUUUUCCGAUGCUCGUUGUUGGGAACACGUGGGAUCCGGUGACGCCGAUUGUGUCGGCGAGGAAUAUGAGUGAGGGGUUUGAGGGGAGUGUGUUGUUGACGCAUAAUGGCCAUGGUCAUCUUUCUUUGACGCAGCCGUCGAACUGCACGAAUCAGUAUAUCCAGGACUACUUCCUCAAGGGCACGCUGCCUGCUCCUGGGACGGUGUGCCAGCCUAAUCUUCCUUUGUUUUCUACCGCUGCCUAAGUUGCGGGGUUAUGAUGAUGAUGGGUUACGGUAAUUUGGUGGGUUGUAUUAUAUAGGUUGACGAAAUGAGGUUUUUCUAUGUUUCGCUAUGAUAGAUUGUUGUUCAUAGAGGGGCUCAACUUGAGCUCGACUUACAUAUUCAUUGUAUAGAUAGAAUAGGGUUGGAAGAUAC